UGAUGUAGAUCAUCAAAAAGCUGACUGGGUUAGCAUCCACAAGAAGAUAUGCCAGCUCCUGAUUCCAAUCCGCACAUCCCUCCCUUUUUUCCUUUCUGAAAAAGAAAGAAAACAUGGCAUGGAACAGUUGGUGAAGAGGCAGAAAUACAUCAUCGAUCUCGCGUACGGCACAGCCCAGGAGUUUGUUUUGGAUGGAAAGCAUAAAGAAGCGAUUCCUGCAGCUUUGCAUGCCCUGCAUUUCAGUACUGAAGUGUACGGCUCAAAUUCUGUGCAAUUGGUGCCUGCUUAUCUCCUCUUGGCCGAGGCCUCCACUGGUGUUGGCCAUCUUCCGCAGGCAUCCAAGUAUCUCUCCCAAGCCGAGUGGAUUGUCCUCAGAACUCCAGACUGCAGCGCUGAUAUUCAGUAUCAGUUACAUCGUGGUCUGGGACUCUUCUGUGCUGCUGAAGGAAACUUUGAACAGGCUUUAUAUCACCUGGCAAAUGAUAUUUACCUCGCUAGUUCCACGUUUGGACUAAAAUCUGUUGAGACUUCUGGAGGGUAUUUCCACAUGGCUAAUAUUUUCUUUCACCAGAACAAAAUGGACAUAGCAAACUCACUCUAUGCUAAGGUAACCGACAUCUGGCAUGCCUUUCUCCUGAAGUCACUUCAGGUGCAGGAGCAAAUUCUCAAGUCACAACCGGAAAUGUCUCCGUUCACUGAGGACAAGAAAGUCAGCGAUGACCGUAUGACUGAAGCCCAGCAAUCAGAAGGAAUCCGAGUGCUGAAUGCAGUACUGCGUAUCAGAGAACAGGCACCAAAGCCACAACCUGGGGAAACUGCGAGAGUUUUGCACGCUCUUGCCAUGCUUUAUUACCUGACCAUGGAUUUACCAAAGGCCGGAGAGCUGGGGGUGAGAGCCUUCGGCCUGGUGCAACAGCUGCCCCAACAAGAGUCUCGAGAAACCAUUGGUCGUUUGCUGAAGUUGAUUAACUCCAAGCUCUCCUCCACGAGGUUUUCUGUUUAA